AUUUUAACAAAACUACUCUACCAAAGAUCCGUUUCCCUUGGCAGAGCUUUGUUUUCUUUACAUUAGAAAACCCCAAAAGGGAUUAUUUCACAAAAAGACUGAACAAAACUGAACUAGAUGGGUUUUUUAAUCUGACUGCCACCUAUAGAUCGGAUUCUGAUGUCCCUUUGCCUUAUGGAAAAUAUAUUCCAAUAUCAAAAACACUAAUGAAACAUAGAAAUUAUUACAAGGAAAAUAGACAAGAUAAAACUAGUAAUAGUAGCACAAUAAUCUGGAUGGUUAGCCAUUGUAAAACACCCAACAAAAGGGAAGAUUUCGUGAAGGAACUGAAGACUCACGUAAAUGUGGAUGUAUUUGGACAAUGUGGAAAACUUUGCGAAAAUUUCACAAAAUGUGGAACCCACCCAUAUAUGUUUUACCUUGCCCUAGAGAAUGCUGACUGCAAAGACUACAUCACGGAAAAACUUUGGAAAAAUGCAUUUCGCAAAAACUUAAUUCCAAUUGUAAGAGGACCCAAAAUUAACUACAGAAAACAUCUUCCUCCAAACUCAUUUAUUAACGCAGAUGACUUCAAAACAGUUAAAGACUUGGCUUUAUAUAUCACAAAAGUAUCGCAGGAUGAGGUUCUAUAUAAUUCAUAUUUUAUAUGGAAGGUAUAUUAUGAAACAUCAGCCUCGAGUGGUUUCUAUGACCCUGACCAUGUUUGCAAACUUUGUAUGUUGCUACAUAAAAAAAGAGAAGAUACAUUGCUCUACAAAUCAUAUAAUAUUAGCUCAUGGUUUGAUGAGAAGGAACAGUGUAUUCAUAAUUGAAAGCCCAAGUUGAACAUACAACACAAUGAGAGUAUGUGGCACAUUUCAACACAAUGGAAGUAAGUUGUGCAUUUUAACAAUGAUGGUAUUUUGGGCAUGCAACACAAUGAGAAGAUGUUGUGCACUAUGGAAUAAAAAGAACAUCC